GUUUCAGGUUGUGUCGUUUGUUUCGUGCCUGUCAACAACACGGUGUGUAAACAGCUACACGGGACAGAGCUGCAGAGACGAGCUCCUGCACAUAUCUCCUCAAUUAAUUUAAUAACGGUGAAUGGGAAAGGUUGAACGUCAGUCCCGUCACUGACUGUGUAGUUUAUAAGGGUAACGUCCGGAAGAAACGCCAGUGUGUGGUUGUUUCAUUGUAGGGGGGACGGAAGCAGCUAACCAACGCUUGUCGGGCGACGAUGGCAGCGGCGACCGUUGUGGAGGCUGAUCCGGCGGGGAGCGAAGGCGGCGCCGCGUUCACCGGCGUCCAGAGCUGGGGCUGGGAUGAGUCCCAGCUCCGCAAAUACUCUUUCCCAACCAGGACUAUCCCCAGACUUUCUCACACGGACCCCCGAGCGGAGAUGCUUAUAAACAACGAGGAGCCGGUGGUGUUAACAGACACAAACCUCGUGUAUCCAGCUCUCAAAUGGGACAUUGCGUACCUGCAGGAGAACAUUGGAAAUGGGGACUUCUCUGUUUACACCGCACAAAACCACAAAUUCCUCUACUACGACGAGAAAAAAAUGGCAAAUUUUGAGAACUUUGUCCCGAAGUCGCAACGGACGGAAAUGAAAUUCACUGAAUUUGUGGAUAAAAUGCAUUUAACAGAGCAAAUGGGAGGAGAGGAGAGGGUAUAUCUGCAGCAGACUCUGAAUGACACAGUAGGGAAGAAGAUUGUCGUCGACUUCCUUGGUUUCAACUGGAACUGGAUCAACAAGCAGCAAGCCAAGAGAAACUGGGGACAGCUGACAUCCAACCUGCUGCUCAUAGGCAUGGAGGGCAAUGUGACACCAGCACAUUACGACGAGCAGCAGAACUUUUUUGCACAGAUCAAAGGCCUCAAGAGAUGCAUCCUCUUCCCUCCAGACCAGUUUGAAUGUCUCUAUCCAUACCCUGUGCAUCACCCCUGUGACAGACAGAGCCAGGUUGAUUUUGAUAACCCUGAUUAUGAGAAGUUUCCCAAUUUUAAAAAUGUUGUCGGCUAUGAGGCUGUGGUGGGCCCAGGAGAUGUGCUCUACAUCCCGAUGUAUUGGUGGCAUCACAUUGAAUCACUGUUGAACGGGGGAGUGACAAUCACUGUAAACUUCUGGUACAAAGGUGCCCCCACGCCCAAGACGAUAGAGUACCCCCUGCGAGCUCAUCAGAAGGUGGCCAUCAUGAGAAAUAUCGAGAAGAUGCUGGGAGAAGCACUUGGAGACCCACAUGAGGUUGGACCUUUACUGAAAUCGAUGAUCAAGGGGCGAUAUGACCAGGAUCAGAGUUAGAGCCGUGCUCCUAAAACUGUUAACUGGACUGCUUUGGAAACUGUUUGCCGUGUUUAAGUGAGACUGCUGCGUGCGUAAUGCAGAUUCUCACUUUGGAGCUAAGUACGUAUCACUGCAUGGCAAUAAGCGGCCAUUUUGAAACCAUUCUGCUUAUGUCGUCUCCGAGUGCCAUGGUCAUUGCAAAUACAUCAAUCACAGAAGAAACAUGUGACUAACUCAUGGGAACUUGUCCCACUUGAAGAAGUUUUUUUUUUCUUUUGUUUUUGAAAAGAAGGCCUAAUUUGACUUGAAGGGCCAGUGUGGGGGAUUUAAUGGCAUCUAGCUGUGACAUUGCAGACUGCAACCAACUGAAUACCCUUCCCUUUCUAAGAGAGCCUACAGCGGCCUUCAGGUAACAUAAAAGUGCAGAAGGCCCUCUCAGGGUCCAGGGUUUAGUUUGUCUGUUCUGGGCUACCAUAGACACAUUCAGGGCCCUAUGGAAGGCAUUAUUACAGAUUCCACAAUCUGAUAAUUAUGGACAAGCAGUGGGACUGUGCUAUGAUUGGCCAGUGCUAUGUGUUGUGAUUGGGUACCAGUCAUGUUGACACAUUGAGGUAGGAGGUGGUAAGGAUGAGGGCAAAGAGGUCAUGUUAAGGCCUAGUACAAGCCAAUCACAGCACAGUAGGGUGCAACUUGCCCAUACAGAAAGAGUUUUAGCAGCUGGAGGUGCCUUUUUGUAAUUGUUGUUAAUUGUGUUUUUUGCAUUGUGAUGUGCCACCCAUUUCUGCGCUUUAAGCGGCUGCCGUUUUUGCUGGAGUGUUCUGAACUACUCGAGUUUAAAAAACUUCAACUCAGAGCAGAAAAAGGCCCCACUGCAUCUGUUUUUCAUCAUCUUUUUUCCCAUUGUCCAAUUGGAUGAUUUGAGAGGCGGCGGGUCUUCUGCUGUAGUCUGCUGUAAGUUUACAGUUGGUAAGCAAUGAAGAAGAAACUGGUGGUAGCGGUUGCUUGAUACCUAGAGCUAUACGGCCCGAUGAUAGACAGCAGGUUGUCAAACUGCCCCAGAGUCAUCCUAUAAUAUGCCUGGAAAUGGCCAUCAUCGAGGAGAAGCUCCUGGACCAACUGGUGGUACUCCCCAUGAUCCACCCUCUUUUUCAGGUUCUCAUGUACCCACACAGAUCUCAGUUACCCUGUGCCCAACAAACUAUUUAAUAGUUUUUUUUUUUCACCAGUGGCAUUCAAUUUAACAAAAAGGCAGUGCGCCUUUGCAACCUGCAAAACGCUUUCUGUGUGAUAAGGGCACAAUAACACCAGCGGAAGAGGAACUGCUCCCUAUGUAGACGUGAAGGGAUCAUUCUAAGCUAACGAAAACACAACGAUUCGUAGUUUCAGGUGAUUAUACACCAUGAAAACAUACUGGAUUCCAUUUCUGCCAAUUGAUCCCUUUAAAUCCUACACACUGGAUCCUUUAAGUCGAGAUAUAUUUAUGUAAAUCAGUAUUCUCCAUACAUCUUCAUAAUUCAAGUUAAACGUUUUUGAUUGCACUUGCUCCCCCAGUCAGUAGAAGUUGUCUGGGAUCGGUACCUUUAGAGAUAAAAUCUCUACAUUUUGACCACUAAUGGAUGAGUCAAGGGUUAUUAUAUAUACAGUAUAUGUCAGCUAAAUACAGGACUUUUCUUAUAUAGAUGUGACAGCAGUUGUGGGAUGAAGUGUGGAGCGAUCAUAUUGUAUUCUCCAUCUCUAUCACAAAGACAGCUUUAAAAGUGAGUUGGUUCAUACCUCUGAAGAUGACAGGUCUUUUAAGUGUUUUUGAAAUAUGUGUCCACAUUAUCUGCAUUAUCUCCACUCCUGCCUAGCGUGGUUUUCAGGGAGUGAUAAGGCAAGAAUUUUUCUGUUGCAAAGAAGACAGCUAUAGGCACAGUAAUGAAACACAGAAGUACAGUGAUUAAAAACUGGUGAAAUAUGAUCAAAAAUGUGUGUGGGUGUGAGAAAGAGAGGCUCAUAUAUUCAGCUGAAGUCAUAUGUGACUGCUUGCGGUAAAACUGUUUUAGCUGAGCGAUGCCGUUUUGUGUUUAUACUCUUGCUUGUUUGAUUUGUUUGACUUUAUUGAAUGUGCUAUUCUGCAUACCGGUAAUAGGUGAGGGGACUCUGGAAAUAAAUAACUGCAGUUUUAGUCGCAAAUACAGUUAACUUAAAGAAAUGAAAGGAAAUACAUAUAUUAACAGACUGAUCUAGCAGAACCAUCUGCUAGGAUGUAGCUUAUGUAUCAGCCUUGCAGCGCAACACAAUGCACCAUCUAGUGGUGACGUAUAGUUACCUACUCCAUGAACUAUACUGCUGCAAUACACAUAUCAAUAUGCAGGUUUGCAGCACAUCUUGGAUGUAACUACGCUGCAGUGUGUACAAACAUCCAGUUGGAAACCUGUACUUGCUCUUAUGAUUACUGUAGGUUAAUAAUCCUCAGAAAGGACUCAUUUUACUUACAUGCAGCCAUAUUUUGAAGACCUUGAACAACUUGAAAGGUGGCCGUCUCUGGGUGACUUUAAAGUGCUUCCCAGGAGUAUUGUAAAAAUGUAAAUGAAACACAAGGGGAGGACAAUUUCAUAUGUAUGUGCCAAAACAAUAUGCAAACCAGUCAAGGGGAAUCUCCACAUUCAGAAUGCUUUGUUUGCCUGUGACAUUGGAUCAAUCUGUAAAUGGUGAACUACAAAUUAGGAAUAUCCAAGCACUUAAUUUACCAGGACUAUACAGGCUUUCAGGGGGUUCGACAUUAUUAUGGUUUAACCUUUGAAUUGUUGAUAACUUGCCUAUCUAUUUCUUACAAGUUGCACAAUGAUGGAACAAAGAUGCUUCCUCUGUAAAAAAAAUAAUUAACCUGAUGUAAGACUCAUGUUUCAUCUCUUGCUAGGUUAACCCUGUUUACUGUAUGUGCCUUGCUUUACGAUGGCGUGGCACUUAAUGUUGCAAGGACAUGAUUUUUUAAUUUUAUGAUUACAAUGUUUGUUUUCACUCGCAUUAAACAGCUUUAAAGGUGGGACUGACAAGGGUUCAUAGAGAUAGAGACAUGUUUUUAUUGAUGGAUGCCUGUCUUUUUUUGUUUUGAACAUACCAUAUGUGCUCUGCUGGUUACUCUGAUUAAAGUUUGUUUGCAAAGUUCUA